CUGUCAGCGGUAGAGGCUGCGUUUCUUUUCUCCCCCUCCUCUAGUCACUCAGUCCUAAGUUGAGCUCGCUUGAGUGCUGACAGACGAUUAGAGCAGAUAGUCCUCCUGUGCCUUCAGAUAGAUAGAUGGGUGCAGAAAGAGAAGGGACUUUCUAGACGGGAAUUUUCUGCACUGUACCGUCCGUAACGUCGAGGGAUUGGCGCGCGCUCUAACAAGGCUCCGUCUCUAACGUUACCUUUAACUGUUAAAGAGACUUCUGAAUGCGAAGUGACAUCGGGUCAAACUGGCAAAUAGCACAAAGUUAUCACUGCAGUCUUCGAGCACGCUUAGUUCUGUCCUCGUUAUUGUAGUUGUCUUGAGCUGACAACGGCGUUUUGGUUGUAGCCCGCUGAAUGUGCUGUGGCUCUGACAGUUCAGUUCUUUUGUCACUACAGUGACUUACUGCCUGUGAUGGUUGUGUGCAGUGACGUUGUGGCGCUUUGUCCGUGGCUACUGCCGAGGUGCGCUGGAGAGAUAUAGUUGUAUUACAUCAGUGCACCAAGUGACCGGAGUGCGACACAGAGAGGAGAAACGGCUCUAGCUGAAUGGUGCGUGUUGAGGGAGGGGUGCUAAUAAUCAUUAAGGUUUGCACUGGUCGCUCAAGAAGCAUUAAGCUACAUUUAGAAUAGAGGUGCAUUCAUGGAAUGCGACUGUGACCGCUUCCCACUGCCUAUCUAACUUUGACUGAGACAGUACAGAGGAGUGACAGAGAAGGCUGGUAGAGGCAAUGGCAGAGACAACCCUUGAACCACUGACCUCGCUGGAUGUUGCCAUCGAUCCAGAUUUUGAGCCACAGAAAAGGCCGAGAUCAUGCACUUGGCCGCUGCCGGAGUCCAGUUCGGCAAAGCCUGCGUCCAAUGACACUGACAUAAUCCCAGAGGAAGAGGAUGAUGAGGAUGACAGCGCGAUGGCAAUUAACGGCAUGGGUGAAGGAGAGGACAACGGCAGCCCUAGCCAGGCAGAUGAACUGCAUCCCAUUAGUGGUCAGGAGAGGACAGACUCCCUGCUCUCCUCUCAGUCUGCGACCACAGCUAGUCGGGGGGUGAGCGGUCAAGGUAGCCAACAGCAAACUCCCCGGAAGUCAUCUUCAAGGAGGAACGCGUGGGGCAACCUGUCCUACGCAGACCUCAUCACGAAAGCCAUAGAGAGCACCCCAGACAAGAGACUGACACUGUCCCAGAUCUACGACUGGAUGGUCAGAAGUGUCCCGUACUUUAAAGACAAAGGCGACAGCAACAGCUCAGCUGGUUGGAAGAACUCCAUCCGACAUAACCUGUCCUUGCAUAGCCGUUUCAUCCGUGUACAGAACGAGGGAACUGGAAAGAGCUCGUGGUGGAUGAUCAAUCCUGAAGGGGGGCGGGGAGGUAAAGCGCCAAGGCGACGUGCAGUCUCCAUGGACAAUGGUAACAAGUACACCAAGACUGCUCGUGGGCGUGCGGCCAAGAAAAAGGCAGCACUGCAGGCGGCUCAGGAGGGUUCGCUGGAGAAUGUAUCUGCUGGUGGUCUGUCCAAGUGGCCAGGAAGUCCCACUUCCCGGAGCAGUGAUGAACUGGAAUCCUGUUGGACUGACUUCCGCUCGCGAACUAACUCCAAUGCUAGCACCCUGAGUGGCCGCCUGUCACCUAUUCUGGCCAAUCCAGAGCUUGACGAUGUGCCAGACGGCCCACCCCUGUCCCCAAUGCUCUACUCCAGCCCCAGCAGUCUCUCUCCUCCCUCAUCAUCUUCAUCAAACUCCAAAACGUGCCCAGCAGAACUUCCAGGGCUAGCUGACCUGACUGGCACAAUGAAUCUCAAUGAGGCUGACAACCUAAUGGUUGAUCUGUUGGACAACAUCACUACACAAGUGCAGGUUGUUCAAGGGUCUUCUAAUUUCAGUUUUAGCUCCAAGAGCACUCCAUCACCCCCAAUCUCCUCAUCAUCCCAAACUGUGAGCAACAACACCGGAGGAUUCAGUAACCCCAUUUUUGGGCCUCCAGCAGUAGCCCUGCGUCAGACACCCAUGCAGACCAUCCAGGAAAACAAGCAAACAUCAUUUUCUAGUGUUUCUUGUUUUGGAAACUCACUUCAGGAGCUGCUGAAUUCUGAUUCACUGAUCUCACACAGUCAUAGUGACGUUAUGAUGACGCAGUCAGACCCACUUAUUUCACAGGCCAGCACUGCCGUCACCUCUCAAAACUCCCGUCUUCGCAAUGGCCUCAUGCUUCGUAAUGAUCCCAUGAUGUCUUCAUUCAGUUCUGUGCUCAAUGGGCGAAGCGGCCACCUCCAGAAAAAGCAACACCAUCAGGGGUCCAAUUCCCAGGGUGCUUUGCGUUCCCUCUCCAACAACAGGACGCAAAGUCUAGUUAAUGAUGCUAAUAAUUUAGUCUCCACAAAGCAGCACCUCCCGCCACAGCCCUCCGUGUUGAUGACCGAGACAUCGCUUUACUCUGGCCUGAAUGGAAGUAACGGGGUAGGGAUCUGUCACCCCUCAGGAACAGAUCGUUUUCCCUCAGACUUGGACCUGGACAUGUUUAACGGCAGUCUGGAUUGCGAUGUGGAUUCCAUAAUCCGCUCUGAAUUAAUGGACUCUGAUGGACUGGAUUUUAACUUUGAUGCAUUGGUGCAAAACGCUGUUAGUCUGAAUCCUGUGGGAAACUUCACUGGGACAAAACAGUCCAAUCAAAGUUGGGUGCCUGGCUGAAGGCAGUCGCUUAGGUUCAGAACUGCAGUGAAAACAACAAAGAAUAAAAUAACAACUACAAGAAUCCUGCACAAAAAAAAAAAACAUCCAAAAGACUUGAAGUCAAUCUUUGCCAAGAUUGUUGUCUGCGACAAGCACUGGAUGAUAUGCCUGUUAACAGGUCCAUCUGUAAAAGCAGACCCAGACUAUAACAAAAGACUGCCCAAUGGAGAAACACAAACUAACAGUGAACUCACAGAUCAUUAUGCAAUGUUUGAAAAUAUCCCACUGUUGGAGGUGAAGUAAUCUAAAAAUGAAAUGUUUAAAUAGGCCUGUUGUAGCUUUUCUGUCAUAAAUUUAGUUUUCUUGGCUGGGGUCUCGCUCUGUUUUCCAUCACAAUUUUGUAUAAUGAUUGGCUACUUCUGUUAUCCUCUAAGCACCAACUGUAUAGUCAUUGAUCAAUAUAAGAGUACAACUAAGAGGUGAAGAGUUGACCUGAAAGAUUUCAGAGCACAGGUGGAGUAGCUUGACAGUGCACUUCAUCAAUUGUUUUGUUUUUAAUUCACUUUUACCAUACAGUAGUUAGUUCCCAAUCUGAAAUAUAGUUGCCUCAUAAUAAUACUUAAUACAUUUUUGUGAUUGAAUAUAACCUUAUAAGGAGUAAUUCAUUUGUUUGUACUGUCUGUAACUGUACAAAAAAAGUGGUAAAAUUGAAAGCUUAGCAGGUGGAGGCAUCUUCUUUAGCCAGCAAAGCUAUGUUUGGACUUCUCGCAUAUAAAUGUAGCCAAAAGUAAUGAAUAAAUAAAUAUUAACUUGCA